CUGCGGGAAGACGUCGCUGCUGAUGGUCUUCGCUGCUGGGGCCUUCCCGGAGAGGUACACCCCCACAGUGUUUGAGCGGUACGCCAUCAGUCUGCAAGUGAAGGGCAAACCUGUUCGCCUCCAAAUCUGGGAUACAGCAGGACAAGAUGACUAUGACCGCCUACGGCCCCUCUUCUACCCUGAUGCCAGUGUCCUGCUGCUCUGCUUUGAUGUCACCAACCCAAACAGCUUCGACAACGUCUUUAACCGGUGGUACCCGGAGGUGACGCACUUCUGCAAAGGAGUGCCUAUCAUCGUCGUGGGCUGCAAGACUGACCUGCGCAAGGACAAGGCUCUGGUGAAUAAGCUGCGGAAAACGGGGUCAGAGCCUGUGACCUACCAAAGGGGCCUGGAGAUGGCGAGGUCCGUGGGUGCAGUGGUGUACCUUGAGUGCUCUGCUCGGCUGGAUGAGAACGUCCACGAGGUCUUCCAGGAGGCAGCUGAGGUGGCUCUCAGCAGCCCAAGUCGCAACUUCUGGCGGAGGAUUACCCAGAGUUUCUGCGUGGUGAUCUGACCAGCAUGGGGCUCUCACUGCCCCCUGACUGUCACACCAGCUUGGGAAGGAAUUGCGUGCUAACCUGCAGAAUUGGUUGGUCUGGACCCAGUCCCCAGGCUGGGCCUAUUGAACUGUACCUCCACGGAUGGACACCACCCCAGAGCCUGGGGACACUGAACUGAGGAAGCGGGGUUCCCAGGGAGAGCCCAAUCCUAGCCUGACAUCUGGAGUGGCCUCUGCAAACCUGGCCUGGUGCCACCUCUUGUGGCUGCUCCUGAGGCUGUACCUGCAGGACCUAGCAUUCUUAGGCCCAUGAAACCAGAACCCACACUCUGCCCCUGCCCCUACCCCUCCCCUUCCCCCUACUAGUUCCAGUGGUAAGUGUAACAAUUAAAAUGACAUCACUUGU